GCAUAUCAUAUCCAAUCCUUGUACUCGGCGGUCAGGUCGUGUUUUGUCGUGUGUUUCGUUCAUUAUUGAUCCCGGUUGGAGUGCGGCCGUGAAAGUUUUCCACCGUUUUUCGUGAAGAGUUUUUUCGGAGAAAAAACGCAGUGAAAAACGAACUUUGUAGCAGGAAGCAUUUGGUGGUGCGUACGUGCAGAAAAAUGGCGUUCAGUUAUAAAGCUCUUGGAGUGCUAUGUGUGGUGGCAGUAGUUGCAGCUUUACCAGCAGAAGAUACCCGUACUUCGCGAAAUGCAAUCAACACGGAAGGUGAUUUGAUGGGUAGCAUUUACAAGGAUUGCUUGCAGUCAGAUUCAGUGUCCUGUGUCAAAUACAAGAUCUUCAGCUUCUUCGAUAAGGUUGUGGCCAAGCGAAGCACAUUCUCGUUGACUGAUGGUGUGACCGUUGUGCAAACUCCAGGAGUUGAGACCGAUGGAGCUCCUCGUGCCCUGAGCGGGGAUGAGUCCAUCGAGCAGUUGAUCUUGUCCCGUAUCCAAAACUUCCUGUCCACCCAUACUAUCAAGGUUGACUUGAAGGGUUCGGAUAUUGUUAAUGCCGUGACCUCUACUGGCCGUGCCUUGGAAGAUGUGAGCGAAAACUUGCUGGAAGAUGGAGAUGAUGGUGCCGCAGCUGAAGCCCGUGGUAAGAAAAAGAAGGCCCAGAAGAUCUUGGGCCCACUUAUGUUGGCUGUCGCUCUGAAGGCCGCUGCCCUUCUGCCACUGCUUUUGGGAGCAAUUGCUCUGAUCGCUGGUAAGGCUCUGCUCAUCGGUAAGAUCGCUCUGGUCCUGUCUGCCAUCAUCGGGCUUAAGAAGCUGCUGUCCCAGGAAAAGCAUGUCACAUACGAGGUCGUUGCCCACCCACACCACACUAGCAGCCAUACUUCGAGCCAUGGAGAUGCCUACUCGUUGGGAGGAUCCUACGGAGGCGGUGAGACUGGAUACGGCGGCGGCAGCUCCGCACACGGUGGCGGCGGCUGGGGACGUUCCAUCCAGGAUGCCCAAGACCUGGCCUACGGCGCCCAGAAGCCUUAAGAAGCUACGCCCGCCAACGAAUCUGGAAUCGAUAGUCGAAACAUUAGUUACACAAAAUACGCAACUGAUUGCAAGUGUACUCCUUAGAGGAGUUUACUCAUAAGCCCGAAGUACCGUCAAAUACUCGUGGCAUGUCACUCGGAUGUGCCUUCCAUAGUUUGGGGUCAUUUCAUCCUUUAUUUAUUUAAUUUAUUUAGACGAGAUUUGUUUUGCCCAAUUAAAUUAAAUUAUUUAAAGAAUCGCCCAUCAAAUCACUCAUGUUCGAGUUAUCAUUAGGAAAUAAUCGUAAUUUAUUUAGCUAACAGUGAAGCAAUCCAAGCAGCAAAGCAGGAAGAAAAUAAGAAAAAAAAUAGCAGUACACACUUUUUGAGUGUCAGUCGAGAAUCACGAAGAAAUCUACACCUUAUUAUCUCUCUUUCUUCAAACAAUCUUCUCUAAGAUGUAGCUAGAUGUUUAGCACUGUAACUGUUAAGGACUUUCAAGACUGUCUUUUUUCUACAGUAAGCCCUAUUGUACUAUAAUUUCCACUUUUAUCUUUUACUUUCCCUCUUUACUACGAGUCUGUAGAACUAAAUCUCAAAGAGUUCGUUUUAAUAGCUUUCUCUUCAAUCGUUCCUGUAGUUAUCUCUUCUCUCGUGUCGUAGGAAAUUAUUCCCGAUAAAAAGAAAAUGAAACUGAAAAAUAGCAGCCAAUUAGUUAAACUAAUCACCAAAAACGACCAACGAAAUAAAACAUGCUCAAUUGAAAACAAAAAAAA